ACGGCUCGUCGCGGUAAGUUGGGAACUUGCAGCGAGUCGCCCCUCCUCGCUCACUCUCACUCUGGGGAGGAAGGUGGCAAGAGGAAGAAGAAGAGGGAAGAGGCUGAAGAGAGGAGCAGAAAUGGCGUACACCUCUCGGCUUCUGAACCGAGCCAGACUGGCUUCAUCAUCAUGUGCUGGACAGAGAAUGUUGCAGCAUGAGAGUGUUAUACCAGUUCGUCACUUCUCCAAGCAAGCUGAUCGACCCAUCCUGAAAGGCGAUGAGAUGUUGAAGGGCAUCUUCUUUGAGGUGAAGAAGAAGUUUGAGACAGCCCUGGGAAUUCUCCGCAAAGAAAAGAUAACGAUUGAUCCCGAUGAUCCUGCUGCAGUAGAGCAAUAUGCGAAGGUUAUGAAGACUGUACGGGAGAAGGCGGACCUAUUUUCAGAAUCCCAAAGAAUAAAUUACACAAUUCAGACAAGGACACAGGGUAUCCCAGAUGCCAGAACAUAUCUGCUAACAUUGAAGGAGAUACGGGUGAAGAGAGGUCUUACUGAUGACGUUGGUGCAGAAACUAUGAUGAUGGAAGCAUUAGACAAGGUUGAGAAAGAAAUUAAGAAGCCACUUUUGAGGUCUGACAAGAAAGGAAUGGCUCUUCUAUUAGCAGAAUUUGAUAAGAUAAACCAGAAGCUUGGCAUACGAAAGGAGAAUUUACCUAAAUAUGAAGAGCAGUUGGAACUUAAAAUAGCCAAGGCACAAUUGGAGGAGCUGAAGAAGGAUGCUUUUGAAGCAAUGGAAACGCAGAGGAAAAGGGAGGAGUUCAAAGACGAAGAGAGGGUUGAUGUCAAGUCACUGGACAUUCGAAACUUCAUUUGAACCUGAUUAUAACCGGUUGACUUUUAAUCUUUCUUAUCAUUCUGCAUGCAAUUUUUCAGUCUUAAAUAAAUCCAAGCGGGAGAUUUGGCUGGUACUUUUGUUUUAAAAAGAAUAUAUAUAUUUUUGUGGAGCCAUUUCAUAUGGUUUUGACUGGGA